GCCGUGUGGAUUGCCUCCUUGAGAUAUGCGGGCUUUGAUAGGUUGGCGUCGCGCGGUGGAAAUGGAGAGAGACAUAUAUGGGCCCCGUGUGGCUGUAUGGAGCUGGAAGUGCCAUCGUUCUACAGAGUCGAACUGCCAUCGCUUUUCCGUCCCAGAAGUAUACAUAUCAUGGCUGUGAGUGCCGUGCCCGUGAAGCUGGUUGAUAGGGUUCUACGACAGAGGCGAAUAGAAAGAGAUGCGAUCCAGAGCGGACGCUAUGAAGCUGCGAGGCCGAGUCCGGCUCCAGCACGAAGGCCUACCGUGACAACUUUGGCUCUGGCUCUCGUGAGUUGAUCCGUCCAGAGAGCGAUUUCGUAUCAGCGAGGACGCCACUGGUAGGAGGUGGUAUCGAGGCUAUAGGUUGAGCCAGGUCUGGUCAGGCGUGUCUUGCGCAACAAGUGGAAGAGAAUGAAUGCCGGCCUCUGCUUGGAGCGUCAUGGUGUGCUGUGCGCGAGAGAGUAGGGCAGAGUCGAGUGAGAAAGACUCGGAGGCGGCGAACAGUGAACAACCACACGCGCGAGAAGUGUCUCAGUCACUGCCUCUCUGCCUUCGCGCAGGUCCUCACACACAUAACAACAUACUUUUUCACCAUUCGCGAUUCGCGGUUCGAGGAUCUUCGUGCCCUAAUUGACGUUCUCCUCCAUCGAAAAAGAUGGUUCACGAAACCAAAUACCAGCGCGGACUGCGCAAGAGAUUCGAGGCGGCUCGCAACCAGGUGCGCUCGGGCGGCAUCGCUGCCGCGUUGACCGUUUGCCGUGAGCUACUUGCCGAUGGGCAAAUACAACCAAUCCUCCUCGCCGAGGUGAACAUGUGUCUGGCGGUCCACACUGAUCCAAAGGAACACGCCGCCGAGAAGAUCAAAUGGAUCAACGAGGCGAAGGAGGUGUCGGAGGAGUUGUGGGCUGGCCGGCUUGUCGGGCACGACGCCAACUACUUGGGUUGGCUGAGGAACCACAUCCAGGCAGCGGAGGAGGCUGUGAAGAAGCAACUGGAAGAGGUAGGAGUUGCCAUUCAGGAGGACAAGGACAAAGACGUCGCCAAGGACGCAGAGGAUCGCAUCGCGAGAGGCAGACUAGACGCCAAGGACCAGCACACCUUGUCGCGACAGCAGCAGCAGGGCCAGCUUGUUGUGUCCCCGCCGCAGGCAGAUAAAGGGAAGGGAAAAGAGAAGGAAGACAUACCGAUGACCACCGAACAAGGCCAUCAACACCACCACCAAACCUUGCCGCCUUUCAAUCUUGAGCACGCGUUGAGACGAGAGAAUCACGAGGCGAUGUCCGAACGAGACACCUUGCGUUGGGAGCUGGGCAAACAGAAGGAGAUCAUUGACAAAGCAGUCAAAGAGCUGGACCAACUGAAGGCUGAGAAAGCAAUGAUGCUUGCAGAGAGGGCCCAGGAACAAAGCAAGACGCAAAAGGCCAUGGAGGACUUGUCCAAAGCACUCAAGCACACUGUCGCUGAACGAGGUGAAUUGCGCCAACAACUCGACGAGCAGAAGCGGCUUGUUGAGGGGAUGGUGAAAGAGCGGGAUGAGUUGAGACUCGACGUUGGCAUGCUGGGCGAAGAGCGAAGAAGUUAUGAGCACGAGCAGCUGCACGAAAGACGAGCGCAGGCGGCUAUAAUCAAGAGUCAGCAGCAGGGCAUCAACCAGCGCGACCAAAUGAUCCAGAACCAACAGCAAGCAAUACUGCAGAUGCAAGGAACUCCGGAGUAUGACCAGCAGCAGAUGAUCGCAAUGAUCGAGUACCAACAACAAGUGAUUGCGGAGCAAGAGAUGAUGAUGAUGGAGCAGGACGAGCGGUUGCGCAUGACCGUGGAUCACCUACGCCAGACGAUCGAGGUCAGAAACCAGAUGAUCAAUCGCCAGAAGAGCACGAUACUGGAGCUUCGCGAGAGGAGGUCGGCCGCGUUGAUCGAGAGCCAGCAACAGACCAUCGACCAACUGACACAGCAACUUGAUGGUCUUGCGAGAGAGCAACUCGACGCUCUGAUUGCAGCAGUGCCUGUUGAGCAAUUACCAGGAAUUCUGGGACGACUUGUGGCUCGCUUACCACAGAGAGAGCAUUCGCAACGAGGCAUGGAGUCAAAUCUGCCACCGUCACAAACUUAGGACGACCGAAGAGGGAAAUUCGCCGCGAUGGCUGUUCACAUGUGUGACAGUCAGCGAUGCAUUUCCAUGAGCUUGACCUUUGAUUCCGGCGAGUUCCUGCUUUGGCCUGCAACACCAAUGAGACAAGGAGCAUUUCCUGGCAUACUACUCGUAACGGAGCGCCGAAGAUAAGAUUCCGAGUUGGUCGCCCCCGUUUUCAUGUUGUGUCAUCCGAGGUCGUGAGAAGGAAUGCAGAUCGUAUGUUGCCCUUGCAUCAGGCGGUCAACGAGGGAGGACAAAUGACAUCAACGACAUGUUGUGACUUGAUUGUUUAUCGGAGGACAGAGUCUUGAUUCGGCACCAUCGACCGUGUGUCUGAGACUGGGGAGGCUGUUGUUGGGAACAAAUUUCUUAUUGCAUACAGAUGAGUGCUCGUUCAGGUAUCGACAAAUCGGUAACCGCAGCCAUAUCCGAGUUCUACAAAUCGAGGGACCAUCGGACCUUGUAGACAGCGCAGGUCGAGGUUGACGUUUCAAUGGACAUAUCUUAGAGAACAAU